AUGUAUAACUUGAGCAGCACUUUCUUUCUGCUAGAAUUCCAUCAACCUCACAUUCUUCAGAUCCUCUUUUUCUCACUAAUCUUGCUAACUUACAUCAUGACUUUGACUGGCAACUUUCUUAUCAUUUUGCUAAUUUGGAAGAGUCACAAUCUUCAUAUUCCUAUGUAUUUCUUUCUUGUAAACUUAUCUUUUUUAGAAAUCUGGAUCACCACCUCUUUUGUUCCAAGGUUCCUCUCCAUCCUAGCCUCUGGAAGCAUUACUGUAUCCUUCUGGAGCUGCCUCACACAGUGUUAUUUUUACUUCUUUUUAGGUUCUGUUGAGUUUUUUGUGCUAACAAUCAUGUCAUUUGACAGAUAUAUUGCUAUAUGUUAUCCUUUACAUUAUACAACUUUGAUGAACAGAGGCCUCUGCAUACAGCUUGCUCUCUGCUCUUGGGUUGGGGGUUUUCUAGAUACUAUUGUUCCAACUAUACUGGUAUCACAAUUACCCUUUUGUGGCUCAAAUAGGAUUAAUCAUUUCUUUUGUGAUGUUGACCAACUUUUGAUGCUCGCUUGUACAGACACUAAGCUCAUAGAACUUAUCGACAUUUUAUUUUCUUCAGUAAUUAUACUUGUUUCACUUAUGUGCAUCACUACAUCAUAUGCAAAAAUUAUAACAACGGUUUUAAAGAUACCCUCAGCAAGUGGUCGCUGGAGAUCUUUCUCAACAUGUGUCUCCCACCUUAUACUUGUUUCUCUGUUUUAUGGAGCUUCACUGUGCAUGUGCUUGAGGUCAACUAAAGGGUCCAACAUGAAUUUUAGCAAACUAGCCACUGUCUUAAACACGAUUGUCACGCCGUUCUUGAACCCCUUCAUUUAUACUUUGAGAAAUAGACAAGUAAAAGAUGCUCUGAGAAGACUUCUAAAUAAAGGGAUUUCAAAUGCAUAA